GAUUGCUCACAGACAACGUUAUUCUUUCCUCCCCUCCUCAUAUUGUGUUAUCAGUAAUUUAUUGGUUUUGUAAGAAAUAAUAUUUACUGGCUGAUCAAUGUUCAGUUUAACUUAUUGCAAUAAACUUUGAAGAAUGAUAUCUUUGUUCUAUUUGUUUGUUAUAACAGUUCCUUUUUUGGAAGCGAAAUCCCAAUGUGUGUUGAUUAAGCCUCCAGUAUGGAACUCUAUCUACUCAGUUAGAGGGGUUCUUUACAUACCAUAUGCUGAGUUGGAAGAGCCAUUUUCUGCUUGGUACGAUUAUCCAUCUCAGCGAUCACGAAUUGAUUAUUAUGGAGGAAUGGUAAAAACAUUUCAAUUGACCAAUAGUGGCGCUUUCGGAACAAGUCUAAAGAUUGCUCCCGUUACCACCGAAACAGAAUUAAACAGCAAGACAUGCUUACAAGUUAAUGGCACUAAGGACAUUAAGAUUGAGCCACAAUCUGUUCUACCAAACCUCGAUGGAUUCAAAUGCAUCGGAGUGGAAAUGGUGGAAGGGGUUCAAACGGAAAAGUGGCAGUUAGUCCAAACGAUUGGACAAAAAGUAAAUCGUUAUUCGAUGUGGCUCAAGUUUCGAGAUGACAACGACAAGCCCGAAGCAAAAUAUGCCAUUCCUAUCAAAUAUGAAAUGAAAGGUUUCAAUUCUUUGCUCGGAAGCCAUUAUGAUCAUUACUACUUACGAUACGAAGAUUACAAUACCGAAAAUAUAGACCCAGCUGUGUUUCAAGCGGAUGAAGGUUUGCCUUGCAGUGCAUUUCCGGGUCCAGGUGAUCGACAUAUUUACACUUUUAAUCCCAUGAAAGAAUUUAUUCAUCCUACCACUACCAGCCAUGUAGAUUUCGAAUUUGAUAAAUUCAGGAAUAAACACGGCAAGGAUUAUAAGCAUCAUUUAGACGAGGAACAGCGUAAAAAUGUCUUCCGUCAAAAUUUGAGAUUUAUCCAUUCGGUCAAUAGGCAGCAUAAAGGUUUCACGUUAGGGGUCAAUCAUUUGGCUGAUAGGACCGAACUAGAAUUGAAAGCCUUGAGAGGCAGGAAAUAUUCGGGUGGUAGCAAUGGCGGCGAACCUUUUCCAUUUAAGUUUAUCGAACGUACUAAGCUUCCAUCAGAAUUUGAUUGGAGAAUAUAUGGUGCCGUAACUCCUGUUAAAGAUCAAUCUGUGUGUGGAAGCUGUUGGUCGUUUGGGACAAUUGGUGCUGUAGAAGGCGCAUUCUUCCUUCAUAAUGGACACAAAUUGGUGCGCUUGUCCCAACAAGCACUGAUUGAUUGUUCAUGGGGAUUUGGUAAUAACGGCUGUGAUGGUGGUGAAGAUUGGCGUGCCUAUAACUGGAUGCUACGGCAUGGAGGUAUACCUACAGAAGAUGAUUAUGGUCCUUAUUUAGGCCAAGAUGGAUAUUGUCAUAUAAACAAUGUAAGUCUUACUGCCAAAAUAACUGGCUUUGUUAACGUUACGUCUGGAAGUUUAACAGCACUUAGACAAGCAAUUGUGUCACAAGGCCCAAUUAGUGUUGCAAUUGAUGCAGGUCAUCGUACCUUUAGUUUUUACUCCAACGGUAUUUAUUACGAACCUGAUUGCAAAAAUAAACUGGACGAAUUAGACCAUGCCGUCUUGGCCGUUGGGUAUGGAACAAUAAACGGUGAAGACUAUUGGUUAAUCAAGAACAGUUGGUCAAACUAUUGGGGUAAUGAUGGAUAUGUAUUGAUGUCGGCUAAGAAUAAUAACUGUGGAGUGAUGACAACCCCGACCUAUGUGAAAAUGUAAUCUUUAAUACUACCUAGUUGUAGUUUGUUUUUAUAUUUGAUAUCAAUAUUGUAGUUACUAUAGGAAGCAGUAGGUUAAAUAUUACUAACAUUGUUUUAUAAAA